AUGGUGGAAAAUAUGAAGACUGUUGCUUCUUCUGGUCAAGAAUUAUCAGUUGAAGAAAGAAAUUUGUUAUCUGUUGCAUACAAAAACGUUAUCGGUGCAAGACGUGCUUCUUGGAGAAUUGUUUCUUCAAUUGAACAAAAAGAAGAAUCAAAAGAAAAUACUAAUCAUCAAGUAGAAUUGAUUAAAGAUUACCGUUCAAAAAUUGAAUCAGAAUUAACUACAAUCUCUCAUGAUAUCUUAACCGUCUUAGAUUCUCAUUUGAUCCCUUCUGCUACUAGUGGUGAAUCAAAAGUUUUUUACUAUAAAAUGAAAGGUGAUUAUCACAGAUAUCUAGCAGAAUUCUCAACUGCUGAUGCAAGAGAUGAAGCCACCACAAAUUCUCUAGAAGCUUACAAAAAGGCUUCUGAAAUCGCAACUACAGAAUUACCACCAACUCAUCCAAUUCGUUUGGGAUUAGCUUUGAAUUUCUCUGUCUUCUACUAUGAAAUUCAAAAUUCUCCAGAUAAAGCUUGCCAUUUAGCAAAACAAGCAUUCGAUGAUGCCAUCGCUGAAUUAGACACACUAUCUGAAGAGUCUUACAAAGAUUCAACUUUGAUCAUGCAAUUACUAAGAGAUAACUUAACUUUAUGGACUUCUGAUAUGUCUGAAUCUAAUGCUAACGAACAAUCAAAUGAAGAAAACGAUGAAUCAAAGUAA